AUGGCUCGUCAACGAAAGGAAAAGUCUGUUAAGGACAUUAAACUUCAACAGCCGGAUCGAUCUGGUCCCACCAAGGAAACACUCGUCGAUUUCGCAAAGGGCCGUGACCUCUUCGCAGAAGCUGAUCGAAGACAACGCGAGCUCAACGGCGAAGUCCCGCUCUUAUCCCCUCGAACAGAACGUAUCUUUGAGACAAUACUAUGGACUGGAGUCAUUGCCACCGUGCAUUUCACAUUUGAUGUCCUAGUACAGCGGCAAUAUGCGAUGGAAGUUGAUUGGUUCGCCAUUGUUCAAAGGACUUUUACAGCUUGGCUUUUGUUCAUCGGCCUCUUUUACGUCUUGCACCCGCAUUACUCCCAUAAGUCAUUCUUCCCGCUUGUUCCUCAACAAUACCAAGAGACUGUCCGUCAAGCCAUAUUCUUUGUCGCGAGCACCGUAGGCGGCUGCUACCUCAUUCACAUCAGCAACAACUACGGAUACAUAGCAGUCAUGAAACAAGCUCCUCCUGUAGGCUGCUUGUGGGUAUGGGCGGUCGUCGAGAUGGACAUCCUUUGGGCGUUUCCGAGUUUAUGCAUUGCAGUGGCAUAUGCCUACAAGAAUGGAUACGGUUUCCGAUAA